UGGAUGACACAGUUGGGAACCGAAUGGACUUUCGAAUGCCCCCCUGGAACAAGUUUGAAGAUGCUACUGUCCGCCCCAGUUUUCCAGAAUCACGACAGGCUCUGGAACUUCACCUGCAGCGCCACUGACGCCAAGAUCGCCAACGCCACGUGUGAGUGGAGUGACUACGCCAACGACUUCAACAAGUUGUUCAACUUUCAAUGUCCUGAUGAUGGCAUCAUAAAAGGUACACAUAUUAUUGGGGACUUUCGUUGACAUAUAUAUAUAUAUUUAAUUUUUUUCGGAAGACAAGCAGAUGAGAAAAUAUUUCUUUAAAGUUUUUAAAAAAUCUUUGAACGAUAAAAACGUAUAGACUGUCUUUAACAUUGUAGUAAAAUACAUUUCCACUUCUGUCUCCGACAAGCAUACAAUACUAAUGUAUUACAAUUGUGCUGAAAUAAAUUGAACUACGAUUUUACACACAAAUUUAAGUUACUCUUCAUAUUCCCUAACACAAGUUGAUUAUAAAACUAACGAUUUUCCUCUAUAAUUUUCCACCAAAGGUAUAGAAUCCACCUAUAAUGGUUACGACAGAAGGUACAAGUUCCUCUGUUGUUCUACAACUGGGUACAUCGCCCAUGCUUGUCAGUUCACCCCAAACAUCAAUGCUCUUGGGGGCUUCAUGAACUAU